CUGAGUUGUGCACAGUACCACCAUGUUAUCAGUAUAACUUAUCUGCCCGUUUCCUUAAGUGCAAAUCGACGGGAACAAGAAGCGACGAAUAUUCGCCUCCCAUCUAAGGAGGCUGUUUUGAUUGAGCGCUGCAAAUCUGUACUUCGUGGCGACCUAUACUUGGAAAAUGAGAACGUUAGGCUUGUUUUUUUAGUAACUUUUUAAAAUAUAAAUGCAUUACUUAAAUAUGCCACCCCCUCACGGGGAUCUGCAAAAGCACCGUUUCCAUAUUCUCUGCUUUGCUUUGCUUUGGAUGGGGCCAUGUAUUUUCGCCAGAUCGUCCCGGAUUUCAGAUUUAAACUCGCAGAUCUCAGGGAUUGAAGAACUGCUCGAUGAAUUUCGCAAGCAGCUGCAACAAGAUCAGCAAGAGAAUAGAGGAGAUGGGAUGGGGCCGGUGGAUGUGUGCUUGGACAGCUUCAACGCCAUAGAGGACUACAUCAUCAGGGCGAAGGACUCCAUCGACUCGGGGGCCACCUUCCUGACAGCACCUGGAAGAAUUUACAGCUGGAGAGACUGCCUGCACGCCUGCUGUUCUGACCCUCAUUGCACAGUGGCUGUGGUGGAGCUGGAACGGGAGCGAUCGAAGGAUAGUCUCAAUUGCUUUUUAUUCAACUGCACUUACAAAAACAGAAAUGUCUGCAAAUUCUCCUUGCAUCAGGGAUACAGCAGCUACAGUCUGUUGUCUUUCAACAAUACCCUCUACCCCGGUGACAACGGCGCAGAUUCAGAUUUGACUAGUAGUAAACACGCAGGUUCCAGGAAAGGGCCUCCUGUAAAUAACCCAGUUUAUGAUGCGACAAUACAAGUGAGCGAUGAGCCUCCUCGAAGUGAUGCUGGCCAGGAUGUGGUGCUCCAGCUACCCACAGACUGGGUCCUUCUGGAUGGCAGAGAUAGUCUGGAUGAUCAGGCAAUUACCCGCUAUGAAUGGACCCUACUACAGGGUGACCCUUCUGUUGGUAUGAAGGCUCCCCAGCCUGGGGUAUUGAAGUUAACUGGCCUGAAAGAAGGGUCCUACCACUUCCAGCUGACAGUCACAGACACUGGGGGUCAGAAGAGCUCCGACAAUGUUACGGUCACUGUUCUCCCAUCAGAGCGCAAAGUACCAGUCUGUACAGGGCUCUGCUCCCGCUACCAGUUCAUGUGUGACGAUGGCUGCUGUGUUGAUAUCACCUUCGCAUGCGAUGGAAAAAAGCAGUGUCUCGACGGGUCAGACGAAGCUUUCUGCCAAAGCAUUGAAGGAAGCCGCAAGUCUGUUACCCACUCCUCUGAUGUCAGCCAGAUGAAGACUAUGAGCCUGACAGACGGGGGUGAAUACAGGACCACUGCCGAAGAGCCAAGGAAGACAACAAUGGAAAAACUGCAACCAUCCUUACAUACAUACAACAGAGAAGAAACCAAUCCACCAUUAACUCAGGGAAAGACUACACAAAACAACAUACAUGUUACAGAGGACUGUCUGGCGCCCCCUGCUGCUGGCCCUUGCAAAGGUAUCUUUCCUCGCUGGUUCUUUGAUGCUUCCACAGGAUCAUGCAAGCACUUCAUCUAUGGUGGCUGCAAAGGCAAUGGAAACAACUUCCUGCAGGAAACAGACUGCAUCAAUGGGUGUAUGAAGAAACAAGACAAAGAGUCAACACAGAAUACCAUUGAUCUUUCCUCCAGCAUAAACAGUGAGCCUGCUGGUGCUCCCCAAGAGGAAGAUUCAGUGGAUAAAGGCGAAAGUGUUGACACUUUGUUAAAGGCAGACCAAGCUGGAGAUGGACACCCAGUCCCAGAGUCAGGUGCUGUACUGCCUCUUGCUCUGGGCCUGGCCAUUACCGCCCUGCUCCUGCUGAUGGUCGCCUGCCGCUUACGCCUUGUGAGACAGAAGCUGAAGAAAGCACGACCUAUAACAUCGGAGGAGUCCGACUACCUUAUCAACGGCAUGUACUUGUAGCUGCAAACACGGUGGUUCCAGAAUUGGAAGGACCCAAAACAACUGUGUUUAGCUUCAGCCAUCAAUAUGUAUAUACUAUACAGCAGAGUGGGUAUAUCCUUCUGUUUGAGGCUUAGUGAAAAUGGGAAGAAGGACCCAGAAUUAAAAUUCUCACAGCCAAUAUUGUGUAUCCCCAGUUUUGUUUUUCAUAAAAUAAAAAUGGAGCACUACAAAAAAACAUCAGUUUAAACCCUUGACUAUUUUUAACAUUUCUCCAUAAACAAUAAAAUCUCACAUGCAAAGCCACCUGCAUCUUGUG